AUGUCAAUGGAUUACGUUAAAAGUGAGGUGAGGCACAUGGUGAUGAGGCACAUGGUGAUGAGGCAUGGUGAUGAGGCACAUGGUGAUGAGGCACAUGGUGAUGAGGCACAUGGUGAUGAGGCACAUGGUGAUGAGGCGCAUGGUGGUGAGGCACAUGGUGAUGAGGCACAUGGUGAUGAGGCACAUGGUGAUGAGGCACAUGGUGAUGAGGCACAUGGUGAUGAGGCACAUGGUGAUGAGGCACAUGGUGAUGAGGCACAUGGUGAUGAGGCACAUGGUGAUGAGGCACAUGGUGAUGAGGCACAUGGUGGUGAGGCACAUGGUGAUGAGGCACAUGGUGAUGAGGCACAUGGUGAUGAGGCACAUGGUGGUGAGGCACAUGGUGAUGAGGCACAUGGUGAUGAGGCACAUGGUGAUGAGGCACAUGGUGAUGAGGCACAUGGUGAUGAGGCACAUGGUGAUGAGGCACAUGGUGGUGAGGCACAUGGUGGUGAGGCACAUAAUAGCAGUAGCUGA